AUGGAGCUAUUAAUACGUCUCACCAAGAGGCUCCGACUGAGAAGCACGGCCGUGCUUAACGCACAUGGUGGGGACUUUAAGGCUCGAGCUUCCAUGUACCGAAGAGGAAUGGGGCAGAACACAUGGAAGAAUCACAGAAGGCGCCUCGGGUAUGGCUGGGCCGAAUGGUGGGAGCAGAGCAAAUCUCAAGCUGUCAAAAGCGGGCCACAGCGGCCAGACGCCAUGCUGAGCCGGAGGAUCCAAGCAAAAGAUUUGUGCUGGCGACCCGGUCCAGUGAUAUGGCCAAGCAAAGCAUGGGAGAGUAUGCCCGGCCGGUCCUCUGAGUUGUGGGAGGAAGAGGAAGAGGGCAAACCAUCCUUCCCAGGCCAGACUCCUCUUGGCCAGCCUCUGGGGAUCCUACAUAGACCCGACUCGUGCGGCCACUCCUUCGGCUACGUUGGAGGACUGUCGGCGAACUGGCCUGGUGCUUGA